GCUUUAUGCUUCAUUUAACCAUUUAAGUAUAUGAAGCCACUCUCCACUCUGCCGCACGCCAAAGUCAAGAGAAACUUCUGCCUUCAUGUGAAACAAGCAGAAAAGUGUUUCAAGACCGGUUCCUGUCUCAACAACCACUGAAGAUCCCAGCCCUCAGCCUUGAAGGUUUUUUCCCCCACAACUUUUUAAACUUUCUUUCUUUUUCUUUUUUUGUUUACGCGAGUGCGCGCGCGCCUGGCACUGCCCCGCUCCCCCUUGAGCUGUAAAAGUUAGCAAGCGGUUCUCUCCGAUUGCCGUAAAAAAGGGGGGCACGACAAACACGGAAAAACAUGAUGAGCAAUAAUACAUACUACGACCAGCAGCUGCCGCCGCAGUAUUAUCAGGGCACCGACAUAGGCGAGGACGGAGACGAUGAGAUGCCGGCCACGGAGAAGGACCUGGCGGAGGAUGCGCCCUGGAAGAAGAUUCAGCAGAACACCUUCACCAGGUGGUGCAACGAACACCUGAAGUGCAUCAACAAGAAGAUCAACGACUUGCAGAAGGACCUGACCGACGGGCUCAAGCUCAUCGGGCUGCUGGAAGUUCUCAGCCAGAAGAAAAUGUACAGAAAGUACCACUCCAGACCCAACUUCAGGCAGAUGAAACUAGAGAAUGUGUCCGUCGCAUUAGAGUUUCUAGAACGGGAACACAUCAAACUAGUGUCAAUAGAUAGUAAAGCUAUAGUGGAUGGCAAUCUGAAACUGAUCCUGGGGCUGAUAUGGACCCUUAUCCUGCACUACUCCAUCUCCAUGCCCAUGUGGGAGGAUGAGGAUGAUGAAGAUGCCAAGAAACUAACACCCAAACAGCGUCUUCUGGGCUGGAUCCAGAAUAAGGUCCCCCAGCUGCCCAUCAACAACUUCCACAGGGACUGGAGAGAUGGCAAAGCGCUGGGAGCCCUGGUGGAUAAUUGCGCCCCCGGCCUGUGUCCGGACUGGGAGACAUGGGACCCAAGUCAGCCGGUUGAGAACGCAAGAGAGGCCAUGCAACAGGCUGAUGAUUGGCUUGGUGUGCCUCAGGUGAUUGCUCCUGAGGAAAUCGUGGAUCCCAACGUGGAUGAGCACUCAGUGAUGACCUACCUGUCUCAAUUCCCCAAAGCCAAGCUCAAGCCUGGUGCUCCACUACGCUCUAAAACCCUGCACCCCAAGAGAGCCAAGGCUUAUGGACCAGGUAUUGAGCCCAGAGGUAAUGUGGUGUUGAGGCCAGCUGAGUUUUUGGUGGAGACUGUGGAGGCGGGGCUUGGAGAGGUGUUGGUGUACAUUGAGGAUCCAGAGGGUCACACAGAAGAGGCCAGAGUAAUUCCCAACAAUGACAGGAAGAGGAGCUACUCUGUGGUCUAUGUCCCAAAAGUAGAGGGUCUGCAUAAGGUGAAGGUGUUGUUUGCUGGGCAGGACAUCGAUCGAAGCCCUUUCCUAGUGAAUGUGUCUAAAGCUCUGGGAGACCCAAACAAGGUGCAGGCCCGUGGGCCAGGUUUGGAACCAGUGGGCAAUGUGGCCAACAAACCCAUCUACUUUGACAUCUACACAGCAGGUGCGGGAGCAGGUGAUGUCAGUGUGAUUAUUGUGGACUCUCAGGGCCGUCGAGACACUGUGGAGAUCAUUCUGGAGAAUAAGGGUGACAGUGUUUUUCGCUGCACCUAUGGCCCCAUCCUGGAGGGCCCUCACACUAUAUACGUGACAUUCGCUGGCCAGCAAAUACCCAGAAGCCCAUUCACUGUCCACAUCUCAGAGGCUCUUCUGAGCGGCCGGCAGAUCAGCUCUCCGGUUCACAUACUCCCUCAGUCUAUACGCACACCGCCUUCAGAAAAGGCCAAGAAAGCACCUCCCCCAACACCACCCAAACCCAGGCGACCAACGAGUAACCCAAAUGCUUGUCGGGCCAUUGGACGUGGCUUGCAGCCCAAGGGUGUGCGUGUGAAGGAAGUGGCUGACUUUAAGGUGUACACAAAGGGAGCGGGCAGCGGAGAACUACGCGUCCAUGUCAAAGGGCCAAGAGGUGGAGAGGAGCCCGUCAAGGUGCAAGACCUGGGAGAUGGGGUGUAUGAGUGUGAUUACUACCCCAUUUUCCCUGGAAAAUACAUCAUCUCUAUUACUUGGGGCGGCCAUGCCAUCCCCCGCAGCCCAUUUGAGGUGAUUGUGAGUGAAGAUGCAGGGCCUCAGAAGGUGAGGGCAUGGGGUCCGGGCCUGGAGACAGGCAUGGUGGGGAAAUCAGCUGACUUUGUGGUUGAGGCCAUUGGCACAGAGGUUGGCACUUUGGGUUUUUCCAUCGAGGGCCCCUCGCAGGCUAAGAUAGAGUGUGAUGACAAAGGAGAUGGGUCGUGUGACGUUCUGUACUGGCCCACCGAGCCAGGUGAUUACGCAGUCCAUGUCAUCUGUGAUGAUGAAGAUAUCAAGGACAGCCCCUUUAUGGCCCACAUCCUCCCUGCAUCCAAUGAUGUUUUCCCUGAUAAGGUUAAGUGUCACGGCCCUGGGCUAGAGCCAACUGGAUGCAUCGUAAAUAAACCUGCAGAAUUUACAAUUGACGCCCGUGGAGCCGGUAGAGGCCAUCUACAGAUUUACGCUCAGGAUGCAGAAGGUUUCCCCAUCGAAAUCCAGAUCACAGACAAUGGUGACAGCACAUUUUUCUGUGUCUAUAUACCAACCAAGCCCAUCAAACACACUAUCGUCAUCACCUGGGGAGAGGUCAACGUUCCUAACAGUCCGUUCAGGGUUACCAUUGGAGAAGGCAGUCACCCAGAGAAUGUGAAGGUGCAUGGACCAGGAGUGGCGAAAACUGGCUUGAAGGCCAAUGAACCCACAUACUUUACGGUGGACUGCAGUGAGGCUGGGCAAGGAGAUGUCAGCAUUGGGAUUAAGUGCGCUCCUGGUGUGGUGGGACCUGUUGAAGCAGAUAUCGAUUUUGACAUCAUUAAAAAUGACAACGACACAUUCACAGUGAAGUACACGCCCCCCGGACCCGGUCGCUAUACCAUCAUGGUGCUGUUUGCUGAUCAGGAAAUUCCCAUCAGUCCCUUCCGUAUCAAAGUUGACCCAUCCCACGAUGCUAAUAAAGUAAAAGCAGAAGGCCCUGGUCUCAACAAGACUGGUGUAGAAGUGGGCAAGCCGACCCACUUCACGAUCUACACUAAAGGAGCAGGAAAGGCCACCCCUGAGGUUCACUUCACUGCAGCCGGGAAAGGAGAAGCCAUCAGUGACUUUGAGAUUAUUGAUAACCACGACUAUUCUUUUACUGUGCGCUACACUGCAUUACAGCAGGGUAGCUUAAGCAUUUCCGUGUGCCAUGGUGGUGACCCCAUCCCCAAAAGCCCUUUUACCAUCACUGUUGCUCCUCCUUUGGAUCUCAACAAGGUCAAAGUUCAAGGACUCAACAACAAAGUGGAUGUAGGGAAAGAUCAGGAGUUCACCAUUAAUACACGUGGUGCUGGAGGCCAAGGAAAGGUGGACAUCAAGAUUACCUCACCCUCUUGCCGACCAAUUCCGUGCAAGGUGGAAUCUGGAACAUCCAAUGAGGUUCACACAGUUAAGUACAUUCCCCCGGAGGAAGGGCCCUACAAAGUGGACAUCAGCUAUGACGGAAACCCUGUUCCAGGAAGUCCUUUCACGGUGGAGGGGGUGAUGCCUCCUGAUCCCUCUAAGGUGCGAGCUUACGGACCUGGUCUGAAGGGAGGAAUUGUGGGUAAACCCGCUCCAUUCGCCAUUGACACCAAAGGUGCAGGUACUGGGGGUCUUGGUCUGACUGUGGAGGGUCCGUGUGAGGCGAAGAUCGAGUGCCAGGACAAUGGAGAUGGCUCUUGCUCUGUGUCCUACCUGCCCACCGAGCCCGGAGAGUACUCCAUCAACAUCCUGUUUGCUGAUGCCCACAUCCCUGGUUCCCCCUUCAAAGCCAUGGUACAGUCUGUUUUCGACCCCAGCAAGGUCACAGCUAGUGGACCUGGCCUGGAGAAGGGAAAAGUUGAUGAGGUGGCAUCAUUCACAGUGGACUGCUCCAAAGCAGGAGAGGCGGAGCUGACCAUCGAGAUUAUUUCAGAUUCGGGAGCUCAGGCAGAGGUGCACGUCCAGAAUAACAGUGAUGGAACAUAUUCCAUCACAUACAUCCCUCCUUUCCACGGCAUGUACACCAUCACGAUUAAAUAUGGAGGACACGCUGUGCCCAACUUCCCUGCAAGGGUGCAAGUAGAUCCGGCUCUCGACACCAGUGGAAUCAAGGUCUACGGUCCAGGAGUGGAGCCCAGAGGUGUACUCCGAGAGGUCACUACUCACUUUGUCGUUGAUACCCGGGUUUACAACAAGAUGGGGGGAAGCCACAUCAAAGUUCGUAUCGUUAACCCCUCUGGUGCCAACACAGAUGCGUACAUCACCGACAAAGGAGACGGCACUUACAGAGUGGAGUACACAGCAUUUGAGGAUGGUGUGCAUCUGAUAGAGGUGCUGUAUGAAGAUGUACCCAUCCCCAAGAGCCCGUUCACGGUGGCAGUAACUGAAGGUUGUGAUCCCAGCCGUGUACGUGCCUACGGCCUGGGUCUGGAAGAGGGUCUGGUCAAUAAACCCAACCGCUUCACAGUGGAGACAAGGGGUGCUGGUACAGGUGGACUUGGUUUGGCCAUCGAGGGUCCAUCAGAAGCUAAGAUGUCUUGUAAAGAUAACAAAGAUGGCAGCUGUAGUGUGGAGUAUAUUCCAUUCACUCCUGGAGAAUAUGACGUCAACAUCACUUUCGGAGGCCUGCCAAUCCCAGGCAGUCCAUUCAGGGUGCCCGUUAGGGAGCUAGUGGAUCCCAGUAAGGUGAAGUGCUCUGGUCCUGGCCUGGGAAGUGGAGUCAGAGCUCACGUCCCACAAACAUUCACCGUGGACUGCAGCAAGGCCGGUCUUGCGCAACUGGAUGUUCUGCUGUACGGACCCACAGGAACGACAGAGCCACUGAAUAUCACAGACAAUGGUGAUGGUACACACACUGUGAUCUAUACGCCCGCUAAAGAUGGACCUUACACUGUGUGUGUGAAGUAUGCAGACCAAGAGGUGCCUCGCAGUCCAUUUAAAAUCAAGGUGUUGCCCACUCAUGAUGCCAGUAAAGUCCGUGCCAGCGGUCCCGGUCUGAACGCAUCUGGUGUACUGGCCAGCCUGCCUGUGGAGUUCACCAUUGAUGCCCGUGACGCAGGGGAGGGUCUUCUUACCGUACAGAUCCUGGGUCCAGAUGGGUGCAAGCAUGAGACCUCUGUGUAUGUGGAGGACUGGGGUAGGAGGGUGUGGGAGAACCACAUUGUAAAGGGCACCAUCCCCUUCCAUAAUCUUAGGAAAGGAUGUGACCCAGAGGGAAAGCCAAAGAAAGCCAACAUUCGGGACAACAGAGACGGGACAUACACUGUGUCCUACGUCCCAGACAUGACAGGACGCUACACUAUAACAAUCAAAUAUGGUGGUGAUGAGAUCCCAUACUCCCCCUACCGCAUUCAUGCACUGCCCACUGGAGAUGCCAGCAAAUGCCAUGUGACAGUGUCUAUUGGGGGACACGGAUUGGGCUCGGGGCUUGGACCCACCAUUCAGAUCGGGGAGGAGACAGUUAUCACUGUAGAUGCAAAGGCCGCAGGGAAGGGUAAGGUCACCUGCAAAGUGUCAACACCAGAUGGGGCAGAGCUGGACGUGGAUGUGGUGGAGAACUCUGAUGGAACUUUUGAUAUCUACUAUACUGCACCAGAACCUGGGAAAUACAUCAUCACUAUCCGCUUUGGAGGAGAGCAUAUUCCUAACAGUCCUUUCCAUGUGGUGGCAUCUGAUACCAUCCCAAUAAUUGAGGAACCAUGUGAUAAACUGCAGUUACAGCAGCCCUACGCCCCCUACCAGGGCUACACCCCUCAUUGGGCCACAGAGGAACCAAUCACUGCAGUGGACUGCAUGGAGCCGAUGCUCCGCCCAUUCAAUCUGGUCAUUCCAUUUACUGUGCAGAAGGGGGAGAUCACAGGUGAGGUGCGUAUGCCCUCUGGUAAAACUGCCCGUCCGCACAUCACUGAUAACAAGGAUGGUACUGUAACGGUCAAAUACGCCCCCACUGAGAAAGGCCUUCAUGAGAUGGACAUCAAAUAUGAUGGUAAUCAUAUACCAGGAAGUCCAUUGCAGUUCUAUGUGGAUGCCAUUAACAGUGGCCAUGUGAAUGCAUACGGCCCUGGUCUAAGUCAUGGCAUGGUUAACAAACCCGCCACCUUCACAAUCGUCACAAAGGAUGCUGGAGAAGGUGGUCUCUCUUUGGCAGUGGAGGGCCCCUCUAAGGCAGAGAUAAGCUGUAAGGAUAAUAAAGAUGGCACCUGCACGGUGUCUUACUUGCCAACUGCCCCGGGAGACUAUAAUAUCAUUGUCAAGUUUGAUGACAAACACAUUGCUGGAAGCCCCUUUACAUCCAAGAUCACAGGCGAUGACUCCAUGAAGACGUCUCAGCUGAACGUUGGCACGGCCACAGAUGUAUCUCUUAAGAUCACAGAGACUGACCUGAGCUCUCUGACCGCGAGUAUCAGAGCACCGUCUGGCAACGAGGAGCCCUGCCUUCUGAAGAGACUGCCAAACAGACACAUCGGAAUAUCCUUCACCCCUAAAGAGGUGGGUGAGCACGUGGUCAGCGUGAAGAAGAAUGGAAAACAUGUGACCAACAGCCCAUUCAAGAUCAUGGUGGGCCAGUCAGAGAUUGGAGACGCCAGUAAGGUGAAGGUAUUUGGGAAAGGUCUAAUUGAAGGACAUACUUUUGAAGUGGCAGAGUUCAUUGUGGACACCAGGAGUGCAGGUUAUGGAGGUCUGGGUCUGUCCAUCGAGGGGCCCAGCAAAGUGGACAUCAACUGUUCGGAUGUUGACGACGGAACAUGCAAAGUGACCUACUGCCCAACCGAACCUGGUACUUACAUCAUAAACAUCAAAUUCGCAGACCAGCAUGUACCAGGAAGUCCAUUUACAGUGAAGGUUCUGGGCGAGGGAAGAAUGAAGGAGAGCAUCACCAGAAAGAGGCAGGCGCCCUCUAUUGCCAUGGUGGGCAGUACUUGCGACCUCAACCUUAAAAUUCCAGGGAACUGGUUUCAGAUGGUGUCAGCCCAAGAACGUCUCACUCGUACCUUCACCCGCAGCAGCCACACCUACACCCGCACAGAACGCACUGAGAUCAGCAAGACCCGCGUGGGUGAGACCAAACGGGAGGUGCGGGUGGAGGAGAGCACCCAGGUGGGGGGCGACCCCUUCAGGGACGUUUUUGGUGGAUUCCUGGGCAGGGAGAGCCUGGGUCCCUUCAGCAGCAUCCAGGCCCGACAAUCAGAGGGUGAGACAGGUACUCAGGAGAUGACCGCACAGGUGACGAGUCCCAGCGGUAAGACAGAAGAUGCUGAGAUAGUAGAAGGAGAGGACAGCACCUACAGUGUGCGCUUUGUGCCUCAUGAGAUGGGCCCCCACACUGUUAAUGUCAAGUACAGGGGCCAGCAUGUCCCUGGAAGCCCCUUCCAGUUCACUGUGGGGCCCCUGGGAGAGGGAGGGGCCCACAAGGUUCGGGCCGGUGGUACUGGACUGGACCGGGGAGUGGCUGGAGUUCCAGCUGAGUUCAGUAUCUGGACUCGGGAAGCUGGUGCUGGCGGUCUGUCCAUAGCAGUUGAAGGGCCCAGCAAAGCUGAGAUUUCCUUUGAAGACAGGAAGGACGGGUCUUGUGGUGUGGCCUAUGUAGUGCAAGAACCUGGUGACUACGAGGUGUCAAUCAAAUUUAAUGACGAGCACAUCCCAGACAGCCCUUUUAUCGUUCCUAUUGCAUCACUGUCGGAUGACGCACGCCUCCUCACCAUCAGCAGCCUACAAGAAAUGGUUUUGAAGGUAAAUCAGGAGGCCUCAUUUGCGGUGCAGCUGAAUGGAGCAAAAGGGGCGAUUGAUGCAAAAGUUCACACACCCUCCGGAACAGUAGAAGAGUGUUACAUCACUGAACUAGACAAUGAUAAACAUGUGAUACGGUUUAUUCCACGGGAGAACGGCGUCCACUCCAUUGAUGUCCGUUUUAACGGAAGUCACAUCCCGGGAAGUCCCUUCAAGAUUCGUGUAGGGGAUACCGGCCAGGCGGGAGACCCAGGAAUGGUGACUGCUUUUGGGCCUGGACUGGAGGAGGGAACUACAGGUGUACCAUCAGACUUCAUUGUAAACACAUGUAACGCUGGGUCAGGAGCUCUCUCAGUCACCAUCGACGGCCCCUCAAAAGUGAAGAUGGAGUGUCAAGAGUGUCCGGAAGGAUACAAGGUCACCUACACACCCAUGGCCCCUGGCAGCUACCUGAUCUCCAUCAAAUAUGGAGGACCACAGCAUAUCGUGGGCAGCCCGUUUAAGGCCAAAGUCGGUGGUGCACGUCUGUCUGGUGGUCAUUCUCUACAUGAAACAUCAUCAGUGCUGGUGGAGACCGUGACAAAAUCAUCUUCAGUGGCCGGAUCUUUCUCCUCUAUGCCAAAGUUCUCUUCUGAUGCCAGUAAGGUGAUCUCGAGGGGGGCUGGACUCUCCAAAGCCUUCAUAGGCCAGAAGAACACCUUCACUGUAGACUGCAGUAAAGCAGGGACGAACAUGUUAAUGGUAGGAGUUCACGGGCCAAAGACUCCAUGCGAAGAAGUGUACGUCAAACACAUGGGCAAUAGAAUGUACAACGUCACAUACACAGUGAAGGAGAAAGGAGACUAUAUCCUGAUAGUCAAAUGGGGUGAAGAAAUGGUGCCUGGAAGUCCCUUCCACGUCACAGUGCCUUAAAAAGACUCUCUUUAGACCAUCUCCACUAUGCAAAGGCUCAGCUGUUCGUUCUGAGAAAGAGACAGGACUCACUGACAAUGCCUUGCGCCAAACCUUUUGAUGACGUAUUAACUUAACGUGUAUUCCAAGCAGUCAAGAAGGCAUCUUUUGCUUGUUAUCAGCAAGCUUCUGUGCCAACUGUCUUCUGUAUCUGCAUAUGCUUUACCCAAAGUCCAGAUAUGUUAAUUUCACUCACACGGUUAUGUACCAUGAUGUUUUGUAUUACAUUAUUUUUUGAGGUUCUGAGAAUAGAGAAUGUUUAAGGUGAAUGAUGAAACAUGUUUGCGCUGCCUGUCAGUUGCUAUAUUGAAGUAGAGAAGUGAACAAGGCUAUUAUGCAAUAUGCUAAAUCAUGUCCACCCUGUUAACAGAUACUGUCUGGACCAUUUGCAGACAUAAUUUAACAGCUGAUUUAUUUAAUUUUUUUUAAAAUUUUUUUUUUUUUUAUCUAUUUCUAAAACUGGUCUUAUUUUUAUGAUGAAAAACACUAUUUAGUCUCUUAAA